GUUCAGAAUUUCUGCUUGAUAUGGCCGUUGUUUCCUAUAAAAAGGAGGAAUUCCUUGUUUUAGAUGGUGGUGUAGCAACGGAAUUAACCAGGGCUGGAUUUAAUCUUGAUGGUGACCCACUAUGGAGUGGAAGAAUUCUUGUUGAAAACCCAGAGGCCGUGAAAUCUGUUCACAAAAGUUUCUUUGAAAGUGGAGCAAAUGUUGCAACAACUGCUACUUACCAGGUCAGCCUAGAGGGACUCUUAAUGUACUGUGGUCUUGAUGAGAGCAAAGCCUUAGAUGUAAUUGAGAAUAGUGUGAAAAUUGCCCAGGAAGCUUCUCGUGCAGUGUGCAGUAGCAGUACUGGAUGCCCAAGGAAGAUGCUAGUGGCAGGAUCAGUAGGUCCAUAUGGAGCAUGUCAGCAUGAUGGGUCUGAAUAUACAGGCAAAUAUGUUGACAACAUGACAAUACAGGAUCUAGUGAACUGGCACAGGCCCAGAGUGGCAGCUCUACUCAAAGCUGGGGCUGAUAUCUUAGCUUUGGAGACUAUCCCUGCUCAGAAAGAAGCAGAAGCUCUGAUUGAACUUCUCAAAGAGUUUCCCGAGGCAAAGGCUUGGUUGAGCAUGUCAUGCAAGGAUGGAAUUCACACUUGCCAUGGAGAAGUCUUCUCUGAUGCUGUCACUAGUAUUGUCAAUCAAUCAAAACAAAUUGCUGCUGUGGGCGUGAAUUGUACGUCUCCGUGGUUUGUUACGUCCCUACUGCAGAGUGCCAAAGGCAAAGUGGAUGUUCCCUUUGUUGUGUACCCCCAUACUGGUGAAGAGUGGAGGGAAGGAGGCUUUGGAUGGGAGGGUGAAAUUGAAUGGCAACCAAGAGACGCUACCUUUGUCCGUGACCUAACCAGUUAUGUUCUGGAAUGGAUAGACGCUGGUGCUCGUUGGAUUGGAGGAUGCUGUUUAACGAAGCCAAAGGACAUAGCAAGAGUACGAGAAAUAGUUGACAGAUUUGAAUAACCCUGAAUCCCUCCCAUCGUGAUGUUAGUUUGGAUUAAUUAAUUAAAAACCGUUGAACUAGUUGGAUACAUGUACUUCGUUAUACUUAUUUGCAAAAAAAAAGGCACAACAAAACAGUCAUAAAACAUGCUUUUAUUUCUUAGAAUGUUUUCGCAAGUAUGCCAGCUAUAUGUCCAAUAACAAGGCCUGUAUUUGUAAACACUCUGAGGCUCUGACCCACACAUGUUGUACCACAAACUUAGUUUGUACCAGACGAGGCAUUACAAGCUGUAAACAUUUAGAUGGAAUACCCUUUCCAAAUAAAAGCUGAUAUAUUAA